CAGAGAGCCAGAGGCUUGGUGGAACCCGGGAAUCACGCAGAGCUGGGAGAGAAGGGUGAGGAGGGGAAGCAGGUCAUCCCACUAGAGCACCUGGGAGAUGCCAGAGGCAGAGGAAGAGUCGAAGAAGGAAUUCUCAAAACACCGCAGAGCACUGACCCCCAAGGACUUGGUGACUCUGUCAAUGCAACAGAUGAUCCGAUAUCAUAUGUUUGCCGAGCCCAGUGAGUUCCAAAACGAGGCCAAAUUACUGCCCAACUGCAGCUUCCCAGAAGUCCACAAGAGAGUUUUAAACCUGAACACCUGGCAAUCUAGGGAGUCUGAGAAGGAAAGACAGGCACAGCAGAUCGGGGUGCUGAGGGCCGCGGAGGCCCGGAACCGAAUCCGUGCUCUGCGGCUGCGCUACGUCCAAAUGAGGGCCCAAGAGAUUAAGUACUUGAUAAUCAACCAGGAAACAGCGCAGGCCGCUCUGAGGUUGGAGGCGUUACUUCUGCCAUGUCUGAACCCACAGAAGCUGCCGGACAGCUUGGACCAAAAUCAGAAUUGAGUUUCCCUGCACUUCUUUACCUCAGAGAAGACGAGUGGAAUCCAUCCUGGAAGACACUGAGGGCCUGACGUUAAUGCGGAGGACCUGAGAAGGGGUGUGAGAGAGGAGGGAAGUGGAGGAGAGUGGGAGCCAGGGGAUGGAAAUGGGUGGAUGCAAUACCCCUUGGCCUUCCCUUCCUUCCUUCCUUCCAACCCCCAACAACGCAGCUCCCACUCUCUCUCUUCCUCAUUCCCUCCCUCUCCCCAUCUUAGCCAUCACCAGCUGAUGAUAAAGAAUU